GUUACAGAUGCAGAAUAAAAUUACAGAAAUGACCAACAACAGUGAAGAACAACAGACCUCAUCUUCCACCAAGGAGACCAUCAUAGAGGUGGUCAUUCAACCACCAACAACAGAGGCCAAGGUUGAAUGUGAUGCUCCCCCCGCUGUGAUCACCACUCAGCCAGCACAGUCUAAAAUAAAAUUACAGAAAUGACCAACAACAGUGAAGAACAACAGACCUCAUCUUCCACCAAGGAGACCAUCAUAGAGGUGGUAAUUCAGCCACCAACUCCAGAGGCCAAGGUUGAAUCUGAUGCUCCCCCUGCUGUGAUCACCACUCAGCCAGCACAGCCAAUGCCUGAACACGAUGACAGCAUUGCUGUGGUCAUGUGGGAAGCCACCGUUACUGGUCGACGCCUCAUCGACGAGAUGGUCAACCUGGGAUCAUUCUGCGUGGCACAGGAAGAGAAAGCAGGAGGGCACGAUUUCAAAGAGCACUUCAUGGAUCAUUCUACGUGGCACAGGAAGAGAAAGCAGAAGGGCACGAUUUCAACGAGUACGUCAUGCCGUAUGGCAAGCUACCGCUGAAUGUAAUUCGCAACUACAAUCUUCGCAUCGUUGACACGGGUCGUUACCGCAUGCUCAAGGAGAUCCGAAACAGCAGAAUGCUCAAGUCCAAGAGAGAGGUGGCUGCCUGCAACGAUUUCGCCUCUUGGCUCAUCAAGCUCCAAAAAGAUAAUUUCACCGACAGGAAAAUUGUCUUAGUCUUCUUUGAACCACGCCACUCCAAGAUCCUUCAGCUCUUCCAGGCUUUGGAACGUUACCGUCUUCUUGAUGAUGUCAACAAGAUUUUGCUUGGAUGUGUUAAUGGCUGGGAUCUGCUCCGUCAAUAGGUGCAUGAUUUGAAGAAUGAACAUCGCAUGGUCCUUAAAGCUUUGGCUGAUCACCACCUUGGAGUCGACACACCUUUGGAGAGCGCUGUUCAACGUGCUCAAGCACUUCACAAGAUCCUUCGCAAGGUGCAUGGCGGCCGCAUCAACACUAGGGUACUUAAGGGGAACCUCAUCAGUUGCGAUCAUUUGCUCGACCAAGUCAAGAAGAUCAAAGAAGAAUUGACUAAGGAGGCUCAAUGGAGACCUGUAUUCGCUGACAUGUUUGGUCAAGGUAUCAAGCCUCGCCUGCGUGCUGGAUUCCUCCGCCAUAUGCUCGUCGAGUCGGGCAUCACCUAUGCAGGCCUUACGGAAACAUUCAAGGACAAGAAAGAUGACGGUGUGGUCGAGGUCAUCAAAGAGAACAUCAAAGGCAAGAAUGAAGCCGACGUGGAGGAAGUCAUCAAGCUGCUGAAUCAACACCUUGCGCAGCCAGCCAAGCCCGUCUGACGCGGUAGCGGCCGUCGAGCACCCCGCACUCGUUCCAUUUGCACUGCCACGGACUUGGAGAAGCAGCAGCCUGCGUCCAAGAUCGAGCCCGAGGAAAACAACAACGACCCUGUCAAAGUGAUUAUGGAUGUUAUUCCCAGAACUCCUGCGGUCCUGUCCGAAGUUUAAAAAGUCCCUCUCUCCUCGACCCGCCUGAAAUUACUUACUGCCUCCCGCCCCACUUCCCUUGUGUUAUUCACUUAACUUGUCUCGUUUUUGAAAAAUUUUGAUCUUUUUUUAAGUUUACAAGUCUUUCACACACGAAACAAACUUGCUUGUCGCUUUUGGUUAUGCUUUUCUUCUUACCAGAGAUAACACUUGCAAAAUUUAUAAAUAUACCAGAGAGCUUUUAGGUAAUUGUUUUAGUCUUCCACUAAAAUCAAUCCAGGGUGUAUAUGUGCGAUGAAAUUGUCUCUGCAGUGCCUUUGCAGUGACUUUCAUACUUGUGAGUUGAUCUCAUGGAAUGGAAUACAAAAUACUCUGAGGAAA